AUGGCCCCAUCGCCCAACUCGCUAGAUAUUCUUGAUUCACAAAUCAAACUGGAGUUUAAAGAUGCAUAUCUUACGAAAUUAAAUCAGUUUCGUGAGGAGAGCCAAACGUAUUGGGAGUUUAGUAUUGUUCCUGGUAUGUUUAAGCAGUCGGACCCAGAAACUGAUGAGUCGCUGUUUAACUACUUGGAUGAACACUUUGGCAAGAUUGGCACGUGGGAUGAUAUUGUUUCCCAACUAAAUAUUCUUAAUGCUGAGGCUGAGCCAAAUGUACAGUACAAGAUCCUUUACUUGUUUCGACAUUAUGCGGGGUAUCACAAUUUGGCACAUUUGAAAUACGGAAACGAUGCUUGGAAUGAGUACUGGUCCAAAAUCAAUGGCGAUGGUGAAAUGACAUGGGGUCCCGAUGCCAACUUGACUACUGAAAGUGUAGAGUUGGCGAAACUGAAUAGUCGGUUAAUCUCGAAGGAGUUGAGAAACAAUGCAAAUGGAGACUCGUCACUUAUUGCGCCACAGAAGUUGUAUGUGUCUCCAUUGUCUCGUGCUGUGGACACGUUGUUUUAUACUUGGAAUGAAAUUCUUGAUCUCAAACUGAUCCAGCCAAGAAUACAAGAGAACUGGAGGGAGACGAUGGGUGUGCAUACUUGUGAUAAAAGGUCCUCUAGGUCUAUUAUCGAUGAGCGAUUUACACACAAGGGUUUCCAAAUUGAGCUGAGUUUAACUGAAGAAGAUGAACUAUAUCAAGAUGAUUAUAGAGAAACAGUAGAUGAACAAGCAAUGAGAAUGAACUCGGCGUUGCAACAAUUGUUUACUGAAUGUGGUAGAAAUGAACUGAUUAUUGCGAUAACAAGUCACAGCGGCAGUAUACGGACACAGUUGAUGGUAUUGGGCCACAGAUCAUUUGCAGUGCAAACCGGUGGAAUGAUUCCCGUUUUCGUCAAAGCUGUGAGAAACGAAAACUAA